CAACCAAUCAGAGCUGAAAUGAGUAGAUGAAUGAAAAUUCAUCGUUUAAUGAAUAUGGCCUGAAUAGUUGCAUCAGGAAAAUAUGGUCAAUACUAUCUUUUAAAAUGUUGUAGACAAUGGCAUUAUAAUGGAAUCAGAAUUAUCAGAAGAGGUUCCUUUACGUUCACAAUUUACAGUUGAUGAUUUGGAUAUUGAAAUAUUACCACUUAUAUAUGAAAUAAUUCGAAGUGUUGAAAAAGAUCCUCAUGACACUACUCAGAAGGCUAAAGAGUCUCAAGAUACAAGUCAUAAAAUAUUAGAACUUCAGAAAAAAUUAGAUUCUGCAAGAGCUCAGAUUAAGAGAUUACCAGGAAUAGAAUAUAGUAAAGAAGAACAAUUGCAAAAGCUUGAAACUCUUCGUAAACAGCUUAGGCUUAAACGUGAACUCCUAUUAAAAUAUCGUAAUAUGUGCACUUUUGAAGUUCCAAAAGUAUAAACAUUUAUAACAUUACAUUUUAUUGAAAGAAAGCUAUAUAAAUAUGAGCCUUCUUCGUUUAUUAUUAACAUAUUUAAUGCGUAAUGACAAAGUGGUCAACAAAUUAGCAGAUUCUAAACCUAUUAGAUGGUUUGCACGGCGUGUAGCAUACUUAUUACUUCAAGCUAGGGAAAAUGGUUUACUUUCGAAACAAGACUACAUUAAGCGUUUACAAGAUUCAAAAAAUUUGUUUAAAAAGAAAUUGCAAGAUUUUG